AUGCAAAUACUGAGCACACCAAGCCAAUACGAAGCCACUUACUUUGACACCAUAUUUCGGCACAUGGCAAAACCACGGCUAUACAACACUACAGAAGAGAAAUUACAGGCCGCACGCUCUUACCAACGUGCUUACAACACACAUCAACGCAACAAGUUACCCGAUAGAUACUUGAAGCAAAAUGCAGUUAUAGGCGGGGGUAUUACCAACGGAAAAAUUAAAGGAGAAGUCAAAAUUGAAGGGGUAAUCAUUGGGUCUUCGAGCACAGAAAAUUUUAUUGAGGGCCUUUGCAUGCACUUCAUUUCUAACCUGGACGACCCUGAUACAUUGGACGUUAUGCGGGGGGCUAUUGACGUCUUGCAAGACCUCCAUCAAUGUGCGCAGUUUGUAGUAGAUAAUGUCAUUGAGGAGUGUGGGAUGAUCGGUGACCUCAGUUGUACACAGCAAUCUCUAUUUCAAAUCUGCAGAGUUCUGACAGCCUUGGAGGAUGUAUUCACUCAUGCCAUACUGGGGGUCAGCUACUUGAUUGACGUACACAAGCGACACGGAUUGAAGCACCAAAUUGCUCCAGACAACCAGAGUUGUGAUAUACCUUGGGUGUACCUACAUAAUGUCAUCUCACGUGACGCGACAACUCGACAAAAGUCAUCUCACGUGACGCGACAACUCGGCAAACAGUCAUCUCACGUGAAUGCGGCAACUCAGCAAAAAAUGGCACCACGUAGUUGGCUUUUGGAGGACCAGCAGGCAUUUGUGCUCACCUACCAUGAAAGUUUCCUCAAGUGCAAAAAAAACGGGAACUAUGCUAGUUUCUGGCCCCCGUUUUGCGAAAAAUGGGAAGAAAAUUGGCCAAUUACUCUGGCAGAGGAACCCUUAGAUGAAAACGCAAAGCUCGAGCAGAUAGCUAAGGCAAGGAAUGCCCUUCAGAUGUGUUUGAUCGUCAAACUACGCAAUGACUUUGGUAAUUCGAAGGUGGGCUGCUGGGCAAAUGCCGCUGGGAACACCAUCGUCAGCAAAUUGAUUGGCGAUAUUACCAUCAAGUCAGGCAAAAAGAAAUCAUGCCCCCUCAAUGCAGCUGAAGUUUACGCCAAGAAAUAUUACGCGUCGCGUGUGCAGCCUGCAGUCAAGGAGGAACUUGACGCUAUGAAGGAUGCACUGGAUGCACCAGAACCGAAGAAGCGGGCUAUGCAGGUUGUUCGCAAACAGCUAGCAUCCUACUGGGAGAAUGAAACCCCGGAGGCGAAGGAGGAAGUCGCCAAAUUGGCCCGAGAAAUGAAGGAAGAGAGGGAGAAAGACGUGAAUCAUGACAAGAAGGAGCUGUCAAAGGAGCUGCUCACAGAAAUCCUGUCAAUAUUUUUCACUGAGUUGCACGAUGCGACAGGAUGGACUUUCAGUGUUUUGCUCACUGGCCCUGACCCUACGAACACCGGCAAACUUGAUGUCAGUAGCUUGCAUAUUGGGACAACUACUGCUGGUAAUCAGUUCAAUCACGCAUUUCCAAAGUUCGAGGAGAGUAUUAUGGUGCCUUAUUUUGAAUUUGCAUCUCGAGCAUUUCCUGAUCAAGACGUAGCCGAUGCUGCAUCAUUGUUAUCGAAUAGAGCUACACCUGAUACACCUCCUGAUACACCCCUUCAGAAUGAUACAUCGCUGCCAGAUGCACAGGCACAGGGAACCCUGCCAGCCCAUAACUCCCUCGCAUGUUCUCCAACUCCCAUGGACGUCGCAAUUGAUACAUCACUCGCUAUUGUCCCUUCUGCAUCUACUUCCACGCCUGAUACAUCACUCACUACUGUCCCUUCUGCAUCCACUUCCAUGCCUGAUACAUCACUCACACUGUUGGAAUCAUUGCCAUUGCUGUCGCAACUAUCAGCCGCACUUUUUGGACAGGGAAUGUCUCAUGCUGAUACAUCACUCACUCAUACACCGCAGCCAGGCUACAACUUCUUCCAAUAUCCCCCCCCCCCCAGUCUUGAAGAUGACAGUAUCGAUCUAGACUUCAAUAACACAAUUCUACCCAUGCCGCCCAACUACAGACCACCAUCUCCGCUACCUCCCUCUUCUCCACUACCUUCUUCGUCCCCUUCCUCUCAAACAGAUUGGUUUCCUUCUUUACGGUUCUCAGCAGACUUUAGUUUCUCUGAUACUUACAGAGAUGGCUUUGACAACACCUUCGACCACACAGUUUUACAGAGCCUAACGUCUCCUCCUCGUCUUCAGCACUUAUCAUCAACUCUCGCAAACACCGCUCAUGACCAAUCUCGUACUUCUAUUCCAUACAACAACACUCCUACUCCCAUGGCAAUUCCUGCCCCUGCCCAUACUUCUACUCCAGUAGAAAUCCCUACUUCUGUCCAACCAUCUACAGUUCCGCCUGAAUCUCUCACUGUGGGACCCAUUAUGGCUGCUUCUGCUGUGCCAACUGCAGUUGCUGGGACGUUGCCAAUGACAACGAAGGCUUCCAAAUGUAAGUCUAAGAAGAGCAACAUGGAGGCAGUUUCAGCGAAGCAUCAGAAGAAGGGGGAUGCAGUGGCCGUCCUCACUGAGAACUCACAGCAUGUCGAGGGAGGUCGAGGCAAACAACAGCGCUUUCAGUCGUCUCGGGCAGCCGCUGCCAAUGCCAUUGGCACAACUUAG